AUGGCGCCCGCGCCGCGCCGCGAUCUCCUCGCAAAGGAACAUUUCGCGUUUGUCUUUGGGGGCGUCAAGACUCAGUCUUACUAUGACCCAGCUGCGAAGGGACCGGGGUCGCAUACCAUUCGGACAUUGGCCUGGAACCCUACCGGUCAGCUAAUCGCGACAGGCUCGGCUGACCGUACGCUACGGAUAUGGAACCCCGAACGCCCUGCUAUUAAAUACUCGACGGAACUCCGUGGACACUCCGCCGCGGUCGAGAAAGUUCUUUUCAAUCCAGUACGCGAUGCAGAAUUGGCUAGCUGCUCGACAGACGGGACGGUGCGCUUCUGGGACGUGCGCUCCAAGACAUGUGUGAGUCGCCUCGAUGUUGGCGGCGAGGCGUUUACACUCUCCUGGUCGGCAGAUGGGAGUACAAUGGUCGUCGGUAGGAAGGACGAUACUUUGAUCCCCAUCUCUGUUCAGUCCCCAUCCACCCCUACCAUCCUAUCAACCGGUGUUACUACCAAUGGUGUAUCGUCACUCGGAGGCUCAAAACCCGGCGCCUCGACUUAUACAGCUCUCACACCACACCCGCAACCCAUCCAAACCAAUGCCACUACCUUCUCCAACCACGUCGCGACACCAACCUCCCCAGACCUACACCUUUUCGCCACAACCGGCGAAGGAUCCGUCAAGAUAAUGUCCUACCCCUCCUUUGAUAUCCUCCACACCCUCCACGCACACACCUCCUCCUGCAUGGCUAUAUCACUCGCGCCUACAGGCCGCUACUUGGCUGUUGGCGGUAGCGACGCCCUAAUUUCUCUAUGGGAUACGACGGAUUGGAUUUGCCGUCGCACAUUAUCCAGCGAGAAUGGUGGUUCUAUUCGUGGCGUGAGUUGGAGUUUCGAUGGCCGGUUUAUUUGCGGCGCUUGUGAUGAGCCUUUCUGUGGUGGAAAUGGAUUGGAAAUUUUCCAUGCUGAGACGGGUGAGAGUGUCUACACUAUACCCACGACUGGUGUCAAUGUGGGUGUUCCCGCUGUCGCGUGGCACCCGUCUAGAUAUUGGUUGGCAUACUCGACGACCCAUGAUGGGCCGGGAAGUGGCUCUGGGGGUUUGAAGAUUGUUGGUGCUGCUGGUGGUGGCUUGUAA